AUGGAGCAUAUAUUAGCACAGAUCGGUAUUCUUGCUGGUGGUAUAGUUGCAGGCAGUAUUUUGACUAAGAUUAUUUUCUCACUUGGACACAAAAUGAAAAGGGCUGUUCAUCCAAAAGAUGGAUCUUAUAAUUAUUAUCAACAACCAUAUUAUCAACAUGCUGGAUAUAAUCAUGCAGGAUAUAAUCCUUAUCAAACAACUGGUUACUAUUAUAAUUAA